UAUAUAAGAUGUUGUCUCGUCGAAGAGCUUCAGUCGCUCUUGACUCUCCGACCAUCGAAACAUCGGUGAGACAAGGAAAAUAAAAGGACACCUUGUGUGUGACAGAGGAAUCAGUUUAUCGUAACAAGUGUGAAAGGCCACACCAUGAAGUUGUUGGAGUGUUUGGUGCCGGUGGUGGUGCUGCUGUUAAUUAGGGACUCCAGCGCAAGACCUGGUAUACUAGGCGAUUUAGCUGCAACCGGCGUUGGUAUAUUGAAUCCUUUGGGACUCUUCAAGCCUAAGGGAUACGAGAACUCGGAUAGCUAUGCUAGUAGCAACGCUCAAUCUCUAGCAGCCGGUUUGCAUCUAGGACCGAUCGCUUUCGGCGGCGGCUUGUCCUCGGCGUCGGCCUCAUCGUCGGCGAACGCCGCCGGCGGCGGUUCAGCCUCGGCCUUGGCGAAGGCGGAUGCUCAAGCCUACGGAUAUGACGGAUACGGCGGCUCCAACGCGAACGCACAAGCCUCCGCGAACGCUAACGCGCAAGGUUCCUCAGGUGCUUAUCCCGGCGGCUAUGACGGUUAUCAGCCAGGUUACGGAAGUUAUGGUUCUCAGUCCAACGCAAACGCGAACGCCGAUGCGAACGCUAACGCCGCAGGCAACAUCGGAGGCGCUCUUACUGGUCCCUCUUACUAUCCUCAUUCGAUACCCUCUCGACCCAAGGCCGUCGGCGACGCCAACGCCAACGCCAACGCUCAAGCGGCCGCGAACGCGGCCGCGGCCGCGAACGGCGGUGCGAACACGAUCCCCGUUCGUUACCCGGGUGCCACUUAUCCCGGGGCAGGUCAAAUAGAGGUCAUUCCCAUCACGGUCCAACAACCUCGACCAAUGCCGCCGAUGUAUAAUAGACCUCACACCUAUCCGAUCCCCCAUGGCCGUCCUUCCUCACCUCCUCAGGACGACGUGAUACCGAUAAUCGUAGUCGAAGAAGUACCCGCGACACCUAAAUAUCGUCCACAUCACCGCCGCCGGCCGCAUUACCAUCACCAUAAAUCGAAGCAAGAACCGAUCGAAGUCAUCGUCAUCGAGGAGCCGGCGUCUGGUCAAGCCGGCAGCUACGGAAACGGCAUCACUCACGGAAACUACCCCCAACGACCUCACGGAGGCGGCCACGGCAACCCCUUCUUAUCGGGCGGAGCAGGCUCGAAUGCGAACGCCAACGCUAACGCCAACGCUGACGCCAACGCUAACGCUCAAGGAGGCAGAGGAAGAUAUCCGCACAGCGGUGGUUACCCGGUGGACUCAUCAGGCAUCACCCCGAUCGGCGAUCACAACCUUUUUCUAAAUGGCGGCGGACACUCGGGUGGCAACGCUAACGCUGGAGCCUCUGCCAACGCUAAUGCUAACGCUAACGCUAACGCCGGAGCCGGCGGACAAGGACCGAUAGGCGCGCACAAUCCGUUCCUCCAGGGCGGCAUGUUCCAAGGUCAUACGGGGACACCGGGAGUUAACGUCCACGUUCUCAACGACAAACCCAAGGGAAUUCCCACCACCUAUCCGGGACAAUAUCCGGAUUCUUUCGGAGGCUCGACGGGAUCUAACGCCGGCGCGAACGCCAACGCCGGUGCCGGUGCCGGAGGAUACGGCGGACCGAUUAAGGAAGCCCCGGCACCCGGAGGAUAUGGCGACGGGGCUCUCGGCGGUUAUGGAGGCUCUUCCGGAACAGGCGGCGGGUCCGGUCCGAACUACGGAGGUGGACUCGGAAGUGGUUCGGCGGGUGCCAACGCGGGCGCGAACGCUAACGCUAACGCUGGAGCCACUGGCGGAAGUGGCCAUGUAAUCGGGGGCUCCGGAGGUCACGGAGGUCAAGGCGGCUACGACGGAGGCUCGUUCGGCGGUCAGGGUACUGGCGGGUCAGGUACCGGAGGCUACGGCAACAACGGUGGAGGUUUCGGCGGCGGUUCGGCCGGUGCGAACGCUGGCGCGAACGCUAACGCUAAUGCUGGAGCCACUGGCGGAAGUGGCCAUGUUAUCGGAGGCUCCGGAGGUCACGGAGGUCAAGGCGGCUACGACGGAGGCUCGUUCGGCGGUCAGGGUACUGGCGGGUCAGGCACCGGAGGCUACGGCAACAACGGUGGAGGUUUCGGCGGCGGUUCGGCCGGUGCGAACGCUGGCGCGAACGCUAACGCUAACGCUGGUGCAACUGGCGGAAGUGGCCAUAUUAUCGGAGGCUCCGGGGGUCACGGAGGUCAAGGCGGCUACGACGGAGGCUCGUUCGGCGGUCAGGGUACUGGCGAGUUAGGCACCGGAGGUUACGGCAACAACGGUGGAGGUUUCGGCGGCGGGUCGGCCGGUGCGAACGCUGGCGCGAACGCUAACGCGAACGCUAACGCUAAUGCUGGAGCCACUGGCGGAAGUGGAGGAUCCGACGGUGGUCACGGAGGAUUCGGCGGCGGCGGCGGCGGUGGCGGUUCCUUCGGUCAAGGAAACAGCGGAUUCGGACAAGGAGGUUCGCCCGGUAUUAUUCACGGCGGGAACGGAGGCGCGAGUGCCAACGCUGACGCAAGCGCUAACGCCAACGCCAACGCUGGCGGCUCCGGCGGAGCCGGAGGAUACGGGGGAUACGGAGGUGGCGUGAAAGGAUCGGGCGCAGGAUUAGGACACGGCGGAUCAUUCGGAGGCUCAAACGCCAACGCUCAAGCGUCCUCGUCGUCGAACGCGAUCGCGUCCGGAGGUGGCGGUGGCUUGUCCAAAGUCAUCUCCGACGCCUCGUCUAGCGCGUCUUCCAACGGCGGAUCGGCAUCGGCGAACAGCUCCAGCAAGGCGUCCGCACAGAACCACGGGGGAUCAGGAUCGGCGAGCGCAAACGCGAACGCGAACGCGUCAGCAGUUGGACUGGGCUCGAAGAGCUCGGCGUCGAGCCAAGCGUCGGCCAGCGUCGACACCAGGGACAUGUUGAUCUUCAGCUAAUCGAUAAUCUUGUGAUACCGUAGCGGACCGGCGAGCUUCUCCAAGGGAAUGCCCUCGCGCGCUCAAUAGCGACUUAAUACUCCGUUUUGCGUCUUUCGCUGUUCCGCGAGCACGGUCGUCGGUACGAGCACGACGCGGGUGUUCUGUUCUUGUGACUUGAACCAUCCUCGACGAGAGUCAGCGGGAAGCGUGUCGCGCAGUGCGUCGCGUUCGUGGAACGUUCGAAUUUAUAAUCGCGAGUUAUAGACGCGAACGUGCGCUCACGAGAAUCCGAAUAAUUUGCGAACAACUGGGACUCUUUUUUAACGGAUUGACUCGAAGCGGAAAUGAUUGUCAGACCAGGAGAACAAGCUCUCGCUCGUAUUCGUACCGCGAAUCAAGUCGGAGGCAGAUCGAAUCUUGGCUGGUAUUUCACGACUUUUCGUGCUCGACUAAGAUUAAAGUACUUAAGACGAACGCUUUUCAUUGGAUGUAAGUGGAAAAUAUAAUGCAUACACACACACACAUACACACACACAGACGAAAUCUUUUCGAUUGAACAGUUCAAUAGGCCGGUCGCCGAUGACCUCGCAUCCGCCUCUGACUAUAUCACUCUUAUACUCAUGCGUUCUACGAUGAUCGGUGUGAUUUUUAUAAUAUACGCCGAUUUGUACAUUUUUCCUCUAAGCGGGUAACAUAGUGCAGUAUUUAGAGGAACGCUUUUAAGACGCCUUAAUUUAAUACUCUGUGUCUCUCUCUCUAUAUAUACCUAUGUAUGAUAUAUUUAUAAGCGUAUUUUUAGAUUAUAUACUACCGUGUGAUUUCGAUGCGACGUCGAAGCUGUGCAGAUCGCCUCUCUUGAACUCUGAAUCUGUGAUUCGCACGAGACGCGUCACAAUGUUUUAACGUAUAUAUAUAUAUAUAUAUAUAUAUAUAUAUAUAUAUAUAUAUAUAUACAAUAAUAUAGCGAUAAUAAAAGUAAUACAAAUUGUACGACACGUGCAGAUCUGAUCGAUCAAACUUGAAACCCGACCCAGACGACUAUCGUCUAUUCGCUUUUGCUAAUUUGCGGCUUUGCCUCGUGCGAUGCAUUAAGAUAAAAAAAGAAAGAAUGUCGCUUCGAUCAUUGCUUCAGAUCUCGAGGGAUAAGUGCGAUCUCUGUUGUGCCACUCGUAAGAAUAAUUGCUGAGAACCGGGAGAGUGUUCUUCAUAUUUACCACCUUGCGAAAGAGAAGAGAGUCGCGACGAUUAGUGUCGGUGGUAUUUUUUCUCCCACUCUCUGUCUCUCUUUCUGUCUCUCUACCUCAAGCUCUCUUUGUCUCUAUUCUCACGACGUCAGACGUCUCUCGUGUAUCGAAAACAACAGGGAUAAAAACUCGUCGGACUUGUUCCGCGAGAGCGCGAACAAGAAGAACGGAAGAGAGAAUCGCGAAGAGACGCGGAGAGAGAAAUGAAGAAGUGAGAUACGCCGACGCUGCUGUAGGAGGAUCAUCGAUCGAUCCACUCGUUCGCGACGUCCGUGCGAUCCCGCGACUCCUCACGCGAAUCUCGCGAUUAAUGCGUGAUUACUGAUAAUCGUUUUUUUUUUUCUCUUUUACAUCGCACCUAAGUCAUUUAUUCAGCGGUAUUUGCGGAAUUAUCGUUGAUUGUCACGCGUUAUCGCGCGAAAAUACGCAUGAAAAUAUACAUGUAUUUCCCGUAUGUUUUUUUUUUUUCUCGUCUCUGUCUUUUCCUCAUCCAUUCUUAUGUAAUAUAUUAUUGCGCGACGUGUGUGAACACGCAUAUGUAAGAGUUCAAUAAAGUUUGUGAUUUUUUUUUUCGAUAGAACCGCGUCUGCGUUUUAACAAGCUGCCUGGUCUUCGUGCCUUAUUCUUACAGAGGGCGAUUGACAUUAUGAAUCUUAAGUAACUUGAUGUAAUUAAUGAUUUAUGAUAAUAUAUAAUGUCCGUGAAACAUGAAGACACAAUUUUCAUUGGAACGUGAUAAAAGAGAAAUGAUAAAAAAAGUAAGCGCGAAGACGUAAUCAGUCGUGCGUGCAACGCUGAUCACGUUUACCAUGUUUAAUUUAUUAUGCGCUGUGCAUAAUAAAUUUUGAGCUUGUUUUGAGCUCAUCGGCUUGGUUUUUCCAUACGCGUCUAACAGUGUUUUACACGGUUUAGAGACGUUCGAUUUUGCUCAAUCAUUUAAUUAAAACAGAGAUAAGGGAAAUAAUUCCAUUCUUAAAGAGUUUUAUAAAUAUUUAUAUGCUAACUUUAGAGCUCAUGAUUUUUAGACACGUGUACGAUGAGCAUGCUGCCCCUAGCGAAUGAAUGGAAAGGUAAACGACCUCGGGGCCAAAGCGCCUAUUGUGCAAUUCGACAAAAGACGAGAGCCCUUCCGCUUUCUUUUUAUCGUAAAAAUUACACGUCGAGCAUUCGCAUUGAUAAUCUCGCGUAUAAAUAAACCAAGGUACCUCGUAACAUUUUUCUUACGUAUCUUUCGCUAGUACUGAUGAAUAAUUAAAAUUGCGAGAGUAUGCUGCUCACCUUUGGAGAUGAUAAAAAUUAUAUAAAAGUAUAAUCUCGCCGCACAGUUUCCUGCAACGGACGUUUAGAGAUAUUAUCAUUCUUAAGCGAUUUUUAAAUACUACUUGCGCACCUUGAAUCAGCGUGGAAACAAAUAAUAAUAACUAUUAUUAUCAUCUUUCCCGAUUACCGUCGAAUAAAUUUCCUUCAGCGAUUUCGUAUACCUUACUUAGCUCGCGAGUAUUAUUAAACGUAAUUGUAAAAAGAACCUAUCCUUUCCCUUCAACACGUAGAAUUUUCUUGGCGUUAAUAACAAAUUGUACGGCAUUGUAGGAAUGUAUAUUUUCUUCAGGCUAAAAAUAAAGACUUCGUGAUACAAGA